AUGUCAUAUGCUGUUCACAAUUUCUUCUAUUUCUCUUUCCCUUUCUGUUUUUUUUUCUUCUUUCUUUUUCAUGUUUUUUCUUAUUUCUUUCUUUUGGUUACUUUUCUUCUUUUUAUUUUUUGUUCACCUUCCUUUCUUCAUUUUAUUUCUUUCAGUUUUUUUUUCAUAUACUUCUUCCCUAAUCUUUCUUCCCCCUUUUCAAUAACUUUCUUCCUUUUUUUUCUCCCUUUUAAUUAUUUUAUUUUUUUUCUGUUUCCUUCAUUACUCUUUUUUCAUGUUUGUUUUGCUUUUUUUUUCUUUCUUUCUUUCUUUCUUUCUUUCUUUCUUUCUUUCAGGUUUUUUUUUUCUUAUUCUUUUUCCUUCACCUUUAACCUUUCUUCUUUUCAAUAUAUUCUUUCUUUUUUUUUUUCUUUUGAUUACUUUUCUUUUUAUUUUUCAUUCAACUUUCUUUCUUCAUGUUUUUUCUUUUAUUGUUUCAUUCAUUCUUUCUUUCUUUUUUCUUUCUUCAAGUUUCCUUUUUUCACAUUCUUCUCCCCAUUUUCUUUUCCCCAUUUUUUCUUCUACCUUUCCAUUAUUUUCUUUUUUUCCUUUCUCUCUCUUUUUCAUGUUUGUUUCACUUUCUUUUUUUCUUUCUUGCUUUAUUUUAAUCAGGCUUCAUUUUUUAUUGACAUUCUUCUUCACCAUUACACCUUUCUUUCUUUCUUUCUUUCUUUCUUUCUUUCUUUCAGGUUUUAUUUUUUCAUAUUCUUCUUGCUUUCACCUUUUCAAUAUCUUCCUUCUUUUUUUCCUUCUUUUGAUUAUUUUUUCUUUUUCUUUCACUUUUCUUUCUUCAUGUGUGUUCCUCUUUCUUUCUUUCUUUCUUUCUUUCUUUCAGACUUAAUUUUUUAUUCACAUACUUCUUCCAUUAUUUUCCCUUUCCCCUUUACAAUAUCCUCUUUGCUUUUUUCUUUCUUUUAUUUUUUUUAUUUACAUUUCUUCAUGUUUGUUUCUUUUUUCCCUUCUUUUUUUCAGGUUUCAUUUUUUGUUCAUAUUCAUCUUACCUCGUCUUUUUCCUAUCUACUUUUCAAUAUCAUCCUUCUUUUUUUCCUUCCUUUUGAUACUUUUUCUUUUUUCUUUCUCUUUCAUUUCUCUUUUUUCAUCUGUUUGUGUGUCUCUUUCUUUCUUUCUUUCUUUCUUUCUUUUCUUUCAGGUUUCAUUUUUUUCAUAUUUUUUCCUUCAUCUUUUUCCUUUCCCCCUUCCAAUAUCUUCCCUCUUUUUUACCCUUCUUUUAGGUCAUACUGA